GUUAUGUCCUAGACCUAGAGGUUUCAACAUGGCCAACGAAUGCAGAAAACCGCUUAUUGAAGAGAAUUCGUGGAGGGCCCUGUGGGACACUUUCAAUGGCUACGCCAAAGACCUUAACAUGGCGAAGAUGUUCAGGGAAGAUCCAGGCCGCUUCAAUAAGUUUAAUGUGUCACUAACCACUCAAGAUGGGCCUUUCCUGCUGGACUACUCUAAAAAUAUUAUCAAUGAGGAAGUAAUGAAGAAGCUCAUUGAUCUGGCAAGAGAUCGAAAUGUGGAAGGGAUGCGGAAGGCCAUGUUUGCUGGAGAGAAGAUUAACUUCACUGAAGAUCGAGCAGUCCUACACAUUGCACUGCGCAAUAGGUCAAAUACCCCAAUCAUUGUGGAAGGCAAAGAUGUGAUGCCCAGUGUGAAUGCUGUGCUGGCCCACAUGAGAGAGUUCACCAGCGAGGUCAUCUCUGGAGAGUGGAAAGGUCAAACAGGAAAGAAGAUCACUGAUGUUGUGAACAUUGGUAUUGGAGGCUCAGAUCUGGGCCCUUUAAUGGUUUGUGAGGCACUGCGCCCAUACCAGGUUGGUCCAAAUGUGCACUUUGUCUCAAAUGUGGAUGGCACACAUCUGGCCAAGACUCUGCAAUCAUUGAACCCGGAAACUACUUUGUUCAUUAUUGCUUCAAAGACUUUUACCACCCAGGAAACUAUUACCAAUGCUACUUCUGCCAAACAGUGGUUCUUGGAAAAAAUCAAAGAUCGUCCUCCAGCCAAGCAGUACUUGACACACUCAGUUAUGGUUGAUGUACAAGUGACUUACAAGCAUACAGAGAAUUUUGUGGCUGAUUUUGCUGAUCCUGGCUCAGAGCAGAAAAAUGCAGUAUCCAAGCACUUUGUGGCUCUGUCAACCAAUGGGCCCAAAGUAAAAGAGUUUGGAAUUGACGAAAAGAACAUGUUUGAGUUUUGGGAUUGGGUUGGAGGCCGCUACUCCUGCUGGUCAGCAAUUGGACUGUCUAUUGCUCUUCACAUUGGCAUGGACAACUUUGAGAAGUUUCUGGCUGGUGCCUACUUCAUGGACCGCCACUUCAUCGAAACGCCCCUGGAUCGUAAUAUUCCAGUUAUCCUUGCUGUUCUGGGGAUCUGGUAUCACAACUUCCAUAACAGUGAGACCUUUGCUAUUCUGCCCUAUGACCAGUAUAUGCAUAGGUUCCCAGCCUACUUCCAGCAGGGUGACAUGGAGAGCAAUGGGAAGUAUGUGACUCGCUCUGGCCAGAAAGUGCAGUAUACCACUGGGCCGAUUGUGUGGGGGGAACCAGGAACUAAUGGACAACAUGCUUUCUACCAACUCAUUCACCAAGGUACACGUCGAGUGCCUUGCGACUUCCUCAUCCCUGUAGAAACUCAUAACCCUAUUCAAGGAGGUGUGCACCACCAGAUCCUGUUGGCCAACUUCCUGGCCCAGACUGAAGCUUUGAUGGUGGGUAAAACACGAGAGCAAGCAGAAGCAGAGCUGCGGAAAUCUGGCAUGGAUGAGAAACAACUGCAGCGCAUUCUUCCUCACAAGGUGUUUGAAGGGAACCGACCCACCAACUCCAUUAUUUUUCAGAAAUUAACACCUUUCAUGCUGGGAUUGCUUAUAGCUAUGUAUGAGCACAAGAUCUUCGUUCAGGGUGUCAUGUGGGACAUCAACUCUUUUGACCAGUGGGGUGUGGAGCUUGGCAAGCAACUAGCCAAGGCCAUUGAGCCAGAGCUGGCCAAUUCUAACAAGAUCUCUUCUCAUGACUCUUCUACCAACGGCCUCAUCAACUUUAUCAAAGCUAACCGAAAGUGAUCUUGCAAUGUUCAUCUGAGGAUGUUCUUUGUGCUCAGGCUGCUUAAUUUGUUGAGGAAAAAUAGAAAACUCUUAUCCUUAUAUAAACUUUGGCCAAUGCAAGAGCCUGUUCAUGACUUCUGCUGGAGAAGUGGAUGCCCAUAUUUGGAAAAUUAGCCUUGUCAUUUUGUUGAAGAUCACUACAGAUAGUUGAAGUGACAGCAAGAGUGAAAUAGAUUUUAAUGUUUUGUGGACCCUUAGCUGGCAAUGAACACUUUCAGAUAUCAAUUCUCCAAUCCUAAUCAGAUGUUUUCUGUAUCUAUUAUGUAACUGAAUAUUUGCUAUGUAGAUACCAUCAAUAGAGUGAGGUAGAAGGCUUUUUCUGUAAAUUUGGACAAGGUUUUUGUAAAUGUUAUAUGUGAAUCUAGCCACUGCCCAUUUAAAAUAUAGAGUAUCAUAUUUUUAAAUGAUAAAUCAAUGGUUAAACUGUAUGUGACCAUCUUGUGAUAAUUUCAAGCUUAUGAUGGUCAUUUAAAAAGGCAAGGUUUUUUUUUUUUUCCUGUACUCAUUGUACCUACUGUAAUUUAGUGUUUAGAAAAUAUUUUCUCCCUAGCUCAUCCCUUGCUUUGCACAAUCAAUAAAGAUUUGUAUCCAUCUGU